UUGGAAAUAACAUGGACAAUGCCUUCACAACGUGAUUUUUACAAAAGUAAACCACAUCAAUAUAUCUCAUGGAUUAUUGGACAUGAAGGAAAAGGUUCUUUAAUAAGUUAUCUACGCAAAAAAAUGUGGAGUCUUGAUAUUACUAGUGGUAAUAGUGAAAGUGACUUUGAACACAAUUCCAUGUAUGCCUUAUGGAAGCUUAAUCUCAUACUUUCUUAUGAGGGACAUCAACAUUUGGAGGAAGUACUGGAUGCAAUAUUUUCUUAUAUUAAUUUAUUGAAACAAGAGGGUCCACAGAAACGAAUUUAUGAUGAGAUAUAUAAAAUCGAAGAAAACAAGUUCAGAUUUGCCGAUGAAGAAGAUCCAGCAGAUUAUGUGGAAGAUUUAUGUGAGAGUAUGCACUUCUAUCCAUCACACGAUUAUAUAACUGGAAAUGAGCUUUAUUUUGAGUAUAAUCCAGAAGCUAUACAAAAAUGUUUGGAUUACUUAGUGCCAGAAAAGGCGAAUAUUAUGAUUUUUAACGAGGAAUUCGAUUGUCUUGAAUUAGAUAAAGUCGAGCCAUGGUUCAAAACCAAAUAUACAGACAUUGAGAUACCAAGCGAAUGGAUUGAACGUUGGAAAUUCAUCAAGCCAUUGCCCGAUUUCCAUUUACCAUUAGAGAAUACAUUCCUAACCAGCGACUUUUCUUUAAUACCAAUAUCAGCAGAUGUUCCAAAAUAUCCUAUAAAAUUACAUAAUGAUCAUAUAUCAGAGAUUUGGUAUCGUCCAGAUCCCAAAUUUCGUUUGCCAGAAUGUUAUAUGAACUUUCAUUUUGUCUCUUCACUGGGACUUCAAUCGCCAAAGAAUACAGCUCUCAUAGAAAUGUAUUGUAAUGUAUUAAAGCUGCUAUUAGUUGAAGAAUUAUAUCCAGCUAUAGCGGCUGGAUUUGAUUAUAAUAUCAGUGAUAGUGAGAAAGGUAUUACAAUAAAAAUGAAUGGAUUUAAUGAAAAAUUACCACUCUUAUUGAUGACUAUUGCAAAAUAUAUGGUGAAUUAUUCAACACUUGUUACUAAAGAUUUGUUUGAAAUUGUUAAAGUGCAACAGCUUAAAACAUAUUAUAAUACAUUUAUAAAACCUGGAAAACUUGUAAGGUACUAUUGAUUAUUU